UACCGGCAACACAUGCUAGGCCUUACUCCGUCGAGGAAACGUUGGCUUUGGUCGGUCAGAAAUUUUCUUUUUACAUUUGGUGACCAUGGGGCAUGCGGCGAUAUGUAUGGCGUUUUUGUAUUUCGCAACGAUCGGAUGCUUGGUAAUUUCAUCUCCAAGAAGGACAACAGGAGAAGGAGAAGAGAAACUAAUUUUAAUCGGUUCAAAUUCCGAUAUUCAUAACAACUCUGAUGAAGACCCUGGUACCGAGGAUCCUCGACAGACAAAAUCUUACCACAAAGUAAAAGGAACUUUAAAUAUGGAUGGAAAUAAUUUAGAUUCAUCCAAAACUGCAGAUACUAACUCAACAGACGAGUAUACAGCAAUAUUGAGCUUAAAUGAGUUCAAUAACAACAAAACAGAAUUGGGUUCUUUAAUAGGAACGGAUAAUACAGGUAAUGAAACAAGUGAUGGGAUGAAUAAAACAGUCAAGUCAAAUCAAAGAACAAUACCAUCGGGUAUCGUUACAGACGAAACAGGCGUGAAAACGAAAACUGAUUCAAACCCAGGAGCUGUGGUGAACAUAAUUAAAUUAAAGGAACAAGAGCAUAUUGAGAAUAUAAAGCGCCGUGUGCUUGAAAAAUUGAGACUGGACGCACCUCCUAAACUCAGUGGUCCAAGGCCGGCGCUGCCCUUCAGACACCUUCAUCAGGAGUACUUGAGUGAUGGAGCGGAUCCUGGGAAGAAGCGACGGACACUCCCGGAAUUCUACGCCAGGAAAAAACAAGUUCUCGUCAUGGGCACGGACGUGACGACCGAAUGCACCAACAGAAAGAGCACGGGUUGUUACCACUUUGACGUGGCGGGCAAGGUGAACCCUAAUCACGUAUUUGCGGCGGAGAUUUGGAUCUACAAACUUUUCAACCAGUACGACCCCCACCUCCAAACGUUCAUUGUGUCUGAAUUGAGGCAGGACAUGCAUGGUAGGCGCCGUCCUAAAAACAUGGUCAACAGAGUAGAGACACAUAUGAAGUACGGGUGGCUGAAAAUAGAAGUCAAGAGGUCGGUAAUACGCUGGCUGCAGAAGCCACGCCAAAAUGAUGGUAUUGCAAUUCUUUGCAAAACUUGUAAACGAAAAAAUCCCAGGACAAUAUUUAGUUAUAAAAAUGACACCAGACCAUUUUUGGUUAUAACUACUAAGAAAGGACACAACAUCCGCAAAGCACGGAGCACACCACGAAUAUGCACUGAGAGAUCGACGGAAUGCUGUAUGAAACCCCUCACCAUUAACUUUCACGAUAUUGGCUGGGACAGCAUGAUUCGCCCGGUAUCGUUCCAGGCCAACUACUGUUACGGCUCAUGCGAAGCCCAGAAUCAGGCCCAUUACAACCACACCCAGAUGAUCCAGGACCACCGCUGGAACCAGGACGAAUGGAACAUGAUGCGACAGUUGACGCCGUGCUGUGCACCGAUCUCGUACAGCUCGUUGUCCAUCAUGUACAUCGAAAACAAUGACUUACAGGUGGAUUUCGUCCCAAACCUAGUAGCUACAGCCUGUGGAUGUGUGUAAUAUGUUUAUAGGGUGUGGAUAUGUGGAGUGACCACGGUCCGUUGUUAUGUCAGUUACAACGGCUUGUGGCUGCAUGUAGUUACCAAGGUGUUUCGCUAUGUGUAGUGACCACGGUUUGUAGUCAUGCGCAGUUGCAAUGGUAUGUAGUAAUGUGAAGUGACCAUGUUGUAAGGCUUUGGGUAGUGUUCUAAAGGUAUGAACUGACCGCAGUACGUGUAUUGACAUGAAUGUGUAUUUACCACGAUGUGAGUCGGUGAGGUGACCAAGAUGCGUGUUUGCUGUGUGGCUAUAUGUAGUGACCAGUGUGGGACUUUUUUAUGACGGAGAUUUAAGAUUAUAACGUAACCAUGAUGUGUGUCUAUCUAUAGUGACCACGGUGUGUGUUACAUGUGUGACCACGGUGUGUGACUGUAGUGUAGUGACCACAGUUAGGUAUUUUAGUGUGUCUAUUGAGCGACUUAGGUGUAUGCCUGUGUAGUGGUCCCCGAUGAGUGUACGUAGUGACCACGGUAAGAGACUGGAGUAAAUGUGGUUCGGGACAGUAGUGAAUACAAUGUGGUUGUAUAGUGACGACGAUUAAGUGACUACGAUGUGGUUUUGUAGUGACUACAGUUUGGUUGUGUAGUGACUACGGUGUGGUUGUUUGGUGACAACAGUUUGGUUGUGUAGUGACUACGGUGUGGUUGUGUAGUGACUACGAUGUGGUUGUGUAGUGACUACGGUGUGGUUGUGUAGUGACUACGUUGUGGUUGUGUAGUGACUACGGUUUGGUUGUUUAGUGACUACGAUGUGGUUGUGAAGUGACUUCGGUAUGGUUGUGUAGUGACUACGGUGUGGUUGUGUAGUGACUACGAUGUGGUUGUGUAGUAACUACGAUGUGGUUGUGUAGUGAAUACGAUGUGGUUUUGUAGUGACUACGGUGUGGUUGUGUGGUGACCACGGCUUAUCGUAGCGUAGUGACCAAUGUAUGUAUUUCGCAUAGGUGUUUGACUGCCUAAUGUCCAUACUGUAUAGCCGUGUAGUGACUACAGCUUAAAGAUAUGUGUAAUGAUUACGGUGUGUAUGCUUCCCAGAUGUGUAUUGUCACUUGUGUGUGCCAGACAGAUUUUGUUAAUUGUCACUUGUGUGUAGGCUAUCCAUAUAAUAUAUUCGACUAUGCAAUGCUUUGCUACUUUGGGGCUUGGUAAAUUGUUUUUUUGUCACGUGUGCGUUGGCUACACAGAAUCUGAUUAUGUGUAAUAGAACUUGUGUGAAGGAUAGAUAUAAGGACACGUGUGUCAAUGAGAGAUAUAAGUAAUUUUUUGUAGGAGAGAUAUAACGACACGUGUGUAGGUUAGAUAUAAAUUCACCUGUGUGUAGGAGAGAUAUAAGGACGUUUGUGUGUAGGAGAGAUAUAAGGACACUUGUGUGUAGGAGAGAUAUAAGGACACUUGUGUGUUGGAGAGAUAUAAGGACAUUUGUGUGUAGGUUAGAUAUAAAGACACUUGUGUGUAGGUUAGAUAUAAAGACACUUGUGUGUAGGAGAGAUAUAAGGACAUUUGUGUGUAGGAGAGAUAUAAGGACACUUGCGUGUAGGAGUGAUAUAAGGACACUUGUGUGUAGGAGAGAUAUAAGGACAUUUGUGUGUAGGAGAGAUAUAAGGACACUUGUGUGAAGGUUAGAUAUAAAGACACUUGUGUGUAGGAAAGAUAUAAGGACAUUUUUGUGAAGGAGAGAUAUAAGGACAUUUGUGUGUAGGAGAGAUAUAAGGACAUUUGUGUGUAGGAGAGAUAUAAGGACAUUUGCGUGUAGGAGUGAUAUAAGGACAUUUGCGUGUAGGAGUGAUAUAAGGACACUUGUGUGUAGGAGAGAUAUAAGGACACUUGUGUGAAGG